AUGGCAGACAGCAACAUGCAAAAUGUUAAGACGGAGCCAACGGCAUCGCAGGCCGUAAAAAAUGACAAUAAAACUGGCUCAGUUGCGUCUAAUGCACACCAGAUAUCACCACAGACCUCUCAGUCUGGCCCCAUCGAGAAGGAAAAGCCAGCGAAAGAUCAGCUACAAGAAAAUAUCGCACAUCACAGGUCUGCCCUUUACUACGGGCCCCCUGAUCCAAAUGCACGAUUUUGGGGUAUAAUUGCCACCUCCCGUCGCAAUCGUUCUGUCAACAGAGUAAGCAGAAAACUUCAAAGAUCCAAAUGUGAGAGGAAGCGAAAGGCUGAGUUAGGGACGCGUUUUGUAGACAACGAAAUGAGAAAAGCCAACGGACUUGGCGAUGUAUGCUCGCGAGGUAAAUUCGGUGAACCUGGCUAUGGAUCCGAGCCGUCAAACCCUGCAGAGUCUGACAUCACACCAACCUCUUCUCGUUACAAUGCGGGCACAGUUGUCGAAGUGUACGAGCUGUUACUGGCCAGCUGUGCAAAAGUUCUUGCAAGAUUCCGUGCGAAGCGAAGAAAGGAAAGAAUUAUGUAG